AUGUUGAAUUUUGUAGAGAUCAGCAAAGGAUGCGCUAAAGUUCUGUUGCUUGUGUUCAAUAUAUUGUGUAUCUUGAUAGCACUAUGCACCUUCGGGUUCGCGGUGGUAGACAUCCGAGUCUUGAGACAGUACAGCGAGGAGCAGGCGACGGGCACCGUCACCGGCGACGUCAUCAUCCUCGCUGCCAGUCUGCUGCUCAUCGGGGUCGCGACACUCGGCUGUGUUGGUGCUGGACGGGAGAAUGUUAAGAUGCUGUACUUGUACGUAGGCUUCGUGAUGAUAAUGGUGAUCUUGGAGCUGCUGAUCGCGAUCUACGUGUCGGUGCAGCGCUUCGGCCUGCAGUUCAGGGUCACCGACUGGAUCCGAGAAGACUUCUAUAGGAACGUCACGGCGGAGGAGCAGGACCAGCACGACGACCUGUGGAAUGAGCUGCAGAUUACAUAUGAAUGUUGCGGUCUCAAUGGUCCUGAAGACUACGUGGCCUUAGGACAUCAGAUCACACUGUCGUGCUGCCCGAGAGCUUACAACGCCCGCACUGAGAACGCGAGGAAACUACUCUACAAGUCUUGCGUUGAGUCCAUGACGUAUUACAAAGAUGGCUGUGAGGAAGAGAUCCUGGACAUCUUGCGAUCUGAUGCGGACUGGUUACUUGGUGUCGCUGUCAUCAGCUUUUGGUUCGAGGCGGCCAGCAUCGUCCUCGCUAUGUGGGUAUCGAGCCACCUGAAGAACAGCGUGCAGGUGUACCGGCACACGGUUAAAUACUAAUUGUAUGCAAUUACAACAUUCUAUAUGCAAAA